CUCGGAAAGCAAACCAGCUCUGCACCGGAAUGGCUUGAACCUAAUCACCAUGAGUCGCUUUUACUUCGGCGACUCGAAUUCCUCCGCCGGCUCCGACGAUGAUGAUGACACGCUUCCCUUCCCAGCGCCUCUCCAGCGCAGCGACUUCCUAACUCCGGACUUUUCGCCUUCGAACUAUCUCUCGUCACUCCGUAACCGCCAUCAAACGCUCGAGGACCUGCGGUCUGAGCUUCGAUCUCGCAGCCAGCUGCUCAGCAAAGAGUUGCUCGACCUCGUGAACUCGAAUUAUCAGGAUUUUUUGGGCUUGGGACGUAGUUUGAGGAGUGGGGAUGAGAGGGUUGAGGAGGUGCGAGUGGGGUUACUAGCUUUUAGGAAAGAGGUUGAGAGUGUGAGGGCGAAGGUCGUGGAGAGAGAGGAGUGCAUGAAAAAGUUGGUUGAUGAGAGGGUUGCCAUCAGGAAACAAAUUGCCGUCGGGAGGGCGCUGGUGGAUUAUGAAGCUAGGCUGGCGCUGCUGGAAGGCCAACUUAUGGUUGAGACGGCUGGCAAUUCGGCCAUGACGAAUGGGUAUGACGAUUUCUCUGAUAGCGACGAGGAUUCCGAUGACGAGGAAGGAUCGUACUUGGUGUCUGUUUCCAAAUUGCGGAGACAUGUCCAGAAGUAUCUCUUGAUACAGGAAAUUUCAAAGGGGAUUGGGGAGGAUCAUCCAUUUAUCACGUCACAAGCACCACGGAUGACGAAGGUUAGGAACACUCUCUUACUGGAUCUAAGCACUGCACUACAACAAGCUAAAUCCGCUGGUGUAUCUGGCGCAGCUCGAGUCAUGAAGGUCAUGAAGGUAUACGCUGACAUGGACGAGGCUGCUGAGGCUGUGAAGGUGCUGAAGUCCUUAAAAUCAACAUAGACGGAACGUUCUGUACGGCAUAUGCGGCAUAGCGAUGGUGUUGGAACUUAUGGUACAUUAUCUCUACAGCUACAUGGCACGUGACACAUUUUACAAUGGGUGGGAUAAAUCCUGAGUCGGUAUCGAGUUCGCGCCCCGAAAUUCGCCGUUCAGACUGAAGCCAGGUGAAUUUGUUGAGCUGAGUACCUG